AAUGUAGAAUAUUUCCUGCACUUGCUGGUGUAGAAUACAUUAUGAACGUUCACGACCUGUUCCGAGGCCUGGUAGUAACAUUGUUUGUGAUUGUGCUAUAUAAUUUGAGGGAGAUUGAGAAUAACCACUUGAAGAAAGUAGAGACUCCUAAUUAUGAGAAGGAACACCUUCUUUGGUUAUUGAAGCCAUACCCGUAUAUUAAACACCAUUAUCAAACAAUGCAGACUAAGGAGGAAAGAGUGAAUUGCCUAAAAAGUCAAAAUCCCACUUUCUCAGUCGCUCAGAACUUCACACAGUUUUUUCAGAGUUAUCGCCAAUCGUAUCACUAACCAUUUCGGAACCACAGUAACCCAAAUAACUCGGUAAAAAAUUAUUAACUAAGAACGAAAUAAAAUUCACUUGGUCAUACCUUAAAACCCAGUGCAUGGAAAUGUUUAUGUGGAUCGAAAUUCGUGCCACAAUAACAUUGCGCGAAACGUUCUCACUCGGCAUGAGAUUUUGGCAGAGCACCCUGGAAUUCGCUUUGUAUGACUUUGCUUGUUCGGUAAUUACGAUGUCAGUCAGCGUUUGAAAGCGGUGUUGAAGACACAUAUGAGGAUGCGAAAGAAAUGUCUGUUUUAUUGUUUUCGCGAUACUUUCGGCUGCGUACAACGUCAAAAGUGUGACAGAGAUGGUGCAACCAGACAAGCAGAGCACAAAUCUGCUUUGCAUCGCUUCUUGUUUUCGCGGUACUUUCGGCAGGGUUCAACGUUGGCAUUAAGCACCGCCGAUGUUGUCGUUGGAACACCAGUAUCAGCAAAUAUGACAUUUCUUGUUUUCGCGAUUCUUAUGAUAUAGUUUUGUUUUACUAUUCAUCGCUCAAUGAUUUAACUGAAACUGAGCCUAUUAGCUAACUCAGAGCGUUACAUACCAAACUCGAGCAAUUGAACUCUUCCUCAUUAUCAACACAGCUUAUAGAAGAAAAAGUAUGUUGGCUCUGACUUAAUUGCUUUAAUGGUGGUGGUCGUCUGAACUACAGGUGCGACCGUCUAUUUGGUGUGAUCAACUACGGUGAUCGCUUAUUCAAAUGCAUAAUCAUGUGACUGAUUUCCUUGAGUUACAUGUUUCGUUUGAAAUGUAAGUGAACAUUGGAAUUGGGAAGAGAGAUAUAGACUAGUUUAUUGUGAAUUGCAGCUUUAAUAGUCACCAAGACUUUGUUCUAUGAAAAUAUUUUGUACUGUUAAUGUAUUUUCAAUAAAAUUUGAAUAUACUCGUAAAUGUGUAUUAUAAUUAAUAAUAGCAUAAAAAACUUAUCAGUAACGUUUUGAAUUAAUAAUUGAACUUCUAUUAAAACAUAAAUGUAAUAAAUGAUGGUAUAUGUAAAUAGUAAUCAUUUGCAGAAUUACAGUGAUAGAACUACAGAAGUCACAGAAUUAUACUUCAAGUUUAAUAACGAUAACAGAGCUUUCCCGCCCCUCUGUAUGGUAAAAUAUCAAAUAAAAUGUGAAAUAUCAGAUUUCUUUUGAAGUUCUUGUAAAGUACCCUCAGAGCUAGAGUUGUCCCAAAUUGCCAAGAUACAAUUUCAUGCAACCAUUUUUGAUUGAGUAUAUAUUAAUUUAUGAUAACAGAAAAUUCACUUUCGGCGCUGUCUUUUUCUAUAAAAAUACGAUAAUAAGUUAAAGCGUAAAAAAAUUUACAAAUCAAUUAACGUAAACACCCAUCGUUAAACACGCGCCGCGCUGCAAUGAUCUCGUGUGUAACACUGAAGCCAGCAUAGUUUCUCGUCUACACGUUGUGGAAUCAUGUUGGUAAUACGAACGUCCGCAAAAGCACAAGCAUGCCAAAGAAAUGCAAUUUUAGUUGUAUUCAAGUUAGUUUGUUUUGCUUUUUCAAUGUUUCACGAACUAGGUUGAUACUAUGGAAAAAUUACGAAUAACUGUUUUGUGUACGUUUGUAAGUCUUGUUUAUCUAAACUUUUUUAUCUGUGUUUGUUUAUUUAUUCACUUUUGUGUAUCAAAACGAUCCAGAAACUUUAAAAUAAAUUUUAUAAAAUAAAUUAGUAUUAACGAAUAUCUAUGCAUUUCUUAAAUAAUAUGAUACAUGUAUUAUCGAAAGUGUUUUGUAAUAUGUUUGUGAUUGAGCUGUGCGCUUGAUACAGAAAAUUGUAACAGAUGAAUCCUUUAAACAAAUAAAAUUGAAUUGAAUUUUUAAAAAAAUG